AUGGCAUGGCAAUCUCGUGGCCGUUUACGAGCACAUUUCCUAGUUCUUCAACAGACAUACUUUGCCCAUGAUAAGAUGCAUAUAAACGGUAACGUUCAUGCUGAUACUGCAUAUGAAUUGAUACGUGGAGCUACGAGUGAGCAUGCUGAUGCUGAAGCACUUGCACCUCGUAUUGUCCCGUAUAUCAUUGAGCUUAUGGUAACACUACCCUGCUCCGCGAGUUCGGGGUGA